AUGCUAUCGAUGAGCUCCCCUAAUCAGAUGGUUGACGUUCAACGAAUUUCGCUCUUAGGGAAGGUUUACUUACGUAAAGCGGAAGUAGAUCCUAGAGGGUACGUUGCUUGGUUAUGUGGUGGUGCCCUGGUUGGACCGAAAGUUGUUUUGACAUCAGCUGCUUGCGUUGAAGAUGUACAACAUCUAUAUGUAGUAGCAGGUUACGAUAAAUACGUAGCUGAAAAGACAAAAGAAGAUAAAUGUAUUCAAAAUACCAUUAGGAAAGUUGUAAACAUUUGUGUACCCAAAGCAUACGAUUUGAUAUAUCAGGAAUUGGAUAAGUGGGCCAAAUAUGAUAUAGCUGUAAUAAAAGUAGACGCAAGUAUCAUUGGUGACCCAAAUUACAAAAAGUAUUGUAGUUAUGAACCUCAACAGAUUGCUAUAAACUAUGAUGAUAAACAUCUACAAGAAACCAAUGCAGAAGCAAUGGUUUUCGGAUGGGGCCAUUCAAAAAUUUGGCGGCAACAAAAUGAUCAUCGAAACUUUAACAAAAAGACGUUACAGUAUAUUUCAACAUUGAUCUAUGAUAAAGAUUUGUGUAUGAAAGCGUAUAAAACGUUUGGCAUCAAUCCUAUCAUCUCGAAAUACAUGAUUUGUACAUUAAGACCUGGCUUGUUUGAUGAUCAAGGUGAAAAUCUUAAUAAGGGCGAUGUUAAGCUUAAAAAUGGUUGUAGUGACGACGAAUCAAAGGAAAUUAGUGCAGAUUUUGCAAAUGAAGGUGAAGAGGAAAUAGAAUCACCGGAGAAUGUUUACUUACUAGAAUCACGUAUAUCGCCACUGGACUAUGACGAAUGGAUGUGUGGCGGAGCAUUGGUAACCAAUGAGUUUAUAAUAACAUCUGCUGCUUGCGUCGAAGACGUCAAGCAUUUAUAUGCAAUUGCCGGCUACGACAAAUAUGUGUCAAAGGAAGAGCUUUAUAAAGAUAAAUGUACUAGCAAGAUGAAAAAGAAAAUUAUUUUUACUUGUGUACCUAAAUCCUAUGAGUUAGACUACAAUAAGCUGGAGAAGUGGUCUUUUAUAGACAUAGCGGUAGCUCAAGUAGAGUCACCCUAUAGGUUAGACGAUAGUGAGUUCGAACUGUUAUGCUCUUAUAUUCCAAAGCCCAUUGAAAUAAAUUUUGAAACAAAGUAUCAAGUUGAAGGUAUUGAUGCCAUAGCACUGGGCUGGGGCCAUAGAUCUAAGUGGAGAUCGGAAACCGAUAAAGCAAAUUAUAACAAUGUUACGCUGCAAUAUACUCCAAUACUAAUAGCCGAUAAAGAAGAAUGUAAAAAAGAAUAUGAGAAAUAUGCUGGAAUGACUAAGGUUAUAGAUUCAUACAUGAUUUGUUCAAUAAAAGCAGGCAAUAUUGAUUCAAAGGGAGCUCUGAGAGAAAAAAGUAAACCUGUGGCAAAUGGUUGCCCUGGCCAUGAGGACAACUGCGAACCUGCGAUAGAGCAAGAUGAUAUGAGUUGGGUAGAAGACACUCGUAGACUUCAAACAAAAAUGGAUACAAUGGAUUUAUCUAAUGGAAAUAUUACUAAAUCUUUUAGAACUAAUACAAGCGACAUAGACGAUAUUGAUAUAAUUAACACACGAAGAAAUGGUAUUUGUCAAAAUGACCACGGUGGACCCAUUGUAACUUGGAUCGGAAGCGAAGAGUAUCUGAUCGCUGUUGCAUCAGUGUUUAAAGUGUCCAAAGAUAUGGAAUGCACUGGGCCGUAUCUUUACACCAGUACGGAAUGUAAUGGUGCUUUCUUGGCUUGCGUUUUAGGGGUAGACAAAGGUGAUGAAUCAAGGCGUAGAAUGUGCAGUGGUUCGCCUGCAGAAAAGGGUUUCGACACAGUGGAAACACAUAUUUCAUGGGUACAUCAUCCAGAUGGGUUACUAUACAACGACGAAAUGAAGGCGCCUGUGGCUAACACAACAAAACCUCGUUUAUCUACCAAAGAAACGACACAGCAAAUAAAAGCCAGUCCCACGCAACCAUAUAAAGAAGUCAGCAACGGAUCUCUGGCGAAUACAAUAAUACCAAUAAUAACUACCAAAUACACAACACUUCAAAUCAAAAGCGGUUUGCAAUGGCGAGCGUAG